UACGCCAUGAACAGCGAGUUUUCUAGUGUUCUGGCUGCACAACUGAAAUACCACUCUGAGAACAAGGGUUCUGACCAGGUGGCAGAGACACAAGCCCAAGUGGAUGAGCUCAAGGGGAUCAUGGUCCGCAAUAUAGAUCUCGUGGCCCAAAGGGGAGAGAAGCUGGAGUUACUGAUAGACAAAACUGAAAAUCUUGUGGAUUCGUCUGUCACUUUCAAAACAACCAGCAGGAAUCUGGCUCGAGCAAUGUGUAUGAAGAACCUCAAGCUCACCAUCAUUAUUGCCAUAGUAUCAAUUGUAAGUUGCUGUACGUAUUAAACUGGAAAAGGGGAGGGGAGGACUGUAAAUGUAAUUACAUGCAUUUGUGAAAGAAUGUUCCUUAUUGGUUAUUGCUUGUCAGGAUGACU